AUGGGCAGGCCAAAGCAUCAAACUUUCCUGCUGGACGUGAGCAAGCAAGCUCAGGCGUUGGUGGAGGCCUUGAAAGCAGCCCAGACACAGCAACAAGAAAUAUAUCAGAUGGUCCAGGAACAGGUACAGGCACACCUGGCGGAAGAGCUAUCCAACUGGAGAGCAGAACAACAGAUUCAUGAAGAAAUCUAUCUUGAGCGGAUUACAAAGCUGGAGCAGGAAGUCAGUAAGCUUCGCACAGAGCUUACAGAGGCCCAGCGCACCGUCCAGCAGCCUGUCACGAGCUCAGAAUCACAUACAUGGAAUCGCUACAGACAAUACUGCCGGAAAGGACUGGGUUUCUAUCUCGCUCAGGUGUAUGGCAAAUGA